AUGUCAGAUCCUGGACCAGAUAUGACUGGAUCUGAAGAGGUUGAGAUACCAAACGGCUCCGAGGAGCAGCCAAUUCUGGUCGAUGAGGAUCAAGACAUCCCUCAGUCUGCAAUCGGUCGGAAGGUGGAGGAGAUUGUCCGUCAGGUCCAGAGGGGAAACGCCAGGUUUAACCCAAUUGAUCUGGAUGGCGAGGAUGAAAACCUAUCUGAAGAUCCGUGGCGUGUCGACGAAGACAAUUAUGACAACGACAACGCUAAGAUCGAGCGCGAGGAGUUGGCAACUGAAGUCGAAGAUACCCAAGAUGGCCCUUGUGUGCAUUGGAAAAAGGGUAUUCGAAAUCCAUGCCCGUGCGGUACUCACCACAAGGUGCCAAAUGCGACGGUCGAUGGCAUCGAGCUCAACAAGUCCCAGUUGGUCGAGUUGAAGGAGUCUAUACGUGUCGGCCGCUACGAAGCUGAAUUCGUUGAGAUCCAUGAGAUAUGGACUCCCCUCAAGAGUGAGCAGCCUUUCAUUCGUGGUCGGGCUUAUUCCAGGACAAGAAACCUAGAGGGCCGGAUCGAGCCUCGGAAGAACGAAGUCUGCGAGCUCUAUGAGAUUGACACGAAUGAUUACCGCACCGCCAAUCCCAUCACAUACCUUGAGCAAGCGCUAGUUGAAAUCCCUUUUGACAAUAUCAAGACCAUCAGGACUCUGCACAAGACGAACAAAGCUUUUCCAGAGUGUCGAUUCGAUUCAGUCCGGUACAAGACCAAACAAGAGCGAGAGGACGAGGCACCAUUGGCUUGUCGUUGGCAGAUGGUGCUGACAUACCCGGAUCCUAGAUAUCGUCGCCAACAACGACCAAUUGAUGGAGAGGAGAUCAGGCACUACAGCUACAGCGACAUACCCAAGGAUCGACAUCGCGUACCAGACAGUGAACGCCGCAAGGCCCAAGGAAAGAUCCGAGGCGGUUCAUUCAUUCCCAAUGGCGCGCUCGAGCCCGACCCGGAAUCCUCUGAAGUUCACCUCGCCCCAGGACAAAAGUACACCGUUGUCGACGUCUUUUCCGGUGCCGGGGGCUACUCGACGGGAGCCAAGAUGGCUGGACUCAAGAUCUUGGCAGCCUGCGAUCACUGGCCGCGGUGCUGUGAGACGUACCGCGAAAACUUCCCGGACGCUGAGCUGCACCAAGAAGACGUCUACAAGUACAUCGAAAAGCUGAAUACGGACCUGACCCGCGACCACUCGAACGUCGAUAUACUUCACUUCUCGCCUCCAUGUCAGACGUGGUCUCCAGCGCACACAUGUGAGGGCAAGAAAGACGAGGAAAAUAGGGCCACACUAUUCGCUUGUGAGAAGAUCAUCACGAUAUUCCACCCUCGCAUCUUCACGGUGGAGCAGACCUUUGGUCUGGCUCAGGAACGGUGGAUCCCCAAUUUCAACGCCCUCAUACAGGGCUUUACUCGCCACGGCUAUUCAGUCAAGUGGAAGGUAAUCCACCUAGUCGAGUUCGGGCUCCCGCAGACCCGGAAGAGAUUGGUCAUGAUCGGCGCCGCGCCCGGAGAGCAGCUCCCGGCCUGGCCGAAGCCAACCCACAGCAAGGACCCCAAGGACGGCCAGAAGCCGCUCGUGUCAGCCUUCAAGGCCUGCAGCGGCCUCGUCGAGGGCGAGAACCUGCAUGAUGUUGAGGGCGCCCGCCCCGCAGAUAAGAUCCCGUGGGAUGGCAGCAAGCCCUUAGAGAGGACUAUCACCACUUCCGGCGGCCAGUGCUACUUUUGGUCUGGCGAGCGGGAGCUCACACUGGCGGAAUUUGCUGCUCUUCAGGGGUUUCCUCCAUUCUUCCGGUUCGUUGGGAAGUGCAUCAAGAAGCAGAUCGGAAAUGCCUUUCCUCCAGUGGUCGUCAAGACUCUUUUGAAGUCUAUUCGCGUCCACCUGGAGAAGUUUGAUGGAGUCUCGCGUCAACCAGCACCAGGUCAGAUCAUUAUAGUCAGCGAUGAUGAUGACAAUCACGACAAGGGCAAUAAGUCACAGCCGCAGAUCAAGAACCAGAGCCAGCUCACAACUCAGGACUUAGCAGGCUUCUACAAGAAGCCAUCUGGCAUGAGCCAAGAGCUUCUUCAGGGCAUUAUUGAAGAUGUUCGCGAGACCCCUGUACAAUGCUUCCUUGCAAAAGCGAAUCGAACUUCCUCAAAGGGUAAUGGCAGCGCUGGGCCCAGUCUCCGGAGAUCAAGCCGAAGAAGGACCAACCAGGCCCAAGAUACUCAGAGGAACGCCUUAGAUUCCUACUUUUCCCCGGCGAAUCAAGAUCCUCCAGCCACCGAGGGCAACGUUGUUGGAAGCGGCCCCAACGAGCCCGUUCUGAAUAAUCCAGACUCGGCUUUGGUCGCGGCGGAUGACGAUAAUCCAACCGCUCAGGAUAUAGUUGAUCGCGUCUCUAACGCGCCUGUUCAGAGCACCGCGAAUUCGGACGAAACCACAGCAGGUCAACCUAUUGUUGCCGGCCGCAAUAUCGGUAUCGGACAAACUAUCACCGCCGGAGUCAUCAGCGCGCGAUCGCGUCAAGACUCCAACGCGGAUGAAUCCACGGCACAUCGAAGCGCGAGAACAGCCCAGACUAUUGCCAACAUCGACGCUCCGACUUGCAAGAAAUUCUCCCACUCUGAAGCAACCAUGUCACCUCCUCAAACCCGCUUCGCCUCUCUUCGCUCCGCAUCACACCGGAGCGCCCGUACGGCUCAGACCAUCGCUGGCAUGAACUCGCCGUCUGCUCAGGGCCGCUCAAGCCCCGGUGAUGCCACGGCAUCUCAGCCCCGGCGGACCGGCCGGAUCAUCGACGGCGUCCUCACCGCGCCGCGCCGCCAGAGUCCCCCUGGCUUCAAUGAUGUUGUGCAGCCCCAAGUCCCACUAGCUGUCCAGAGCCGCCCGGCAUCCAAUGCUGCCAUGCCAUCUCAGCCCCAUAAUGUCGCACAAGCUAUCGAGGGUAUCAUUGAGGCAGCCAGCCGCAGCACCAUAUUCCCCGGGCUUGCUGAGGAAUUGCGCUCCAUACAGAUAGGCGAGGACGCCACUAUUCCCAGCGUCCCGGAUCUUCAGAAUUCGCCUGGCUCCAGUCGUGCUUCGCCAGGCCAGACGACUUCUCCCGGCCGGAUCGUCGCCGGCGUCCUCACCGCGCCCCGUCGCCGGAGCCCGCCGGGCUUCAAUAAUGCCCCGCCACGCCGGGAUCUCACCGAAGAACAAGCGAUCGCAGGCGUGAUCGAGGCGGCCCGCCGGAGCACCAUAUUCCCCGGGCUCGCUGAGCAACUGCAGGCUGGGCAGGGCCGUCAAAGGUCCAGCGGGGACAGCGUCGCGUACGCGGGAGAGUCACCCCGCCCGGGCGCCAGCCGGUCCUUGCCCAUCGUCGUGGAAGACGACGAGGAAGAGCAAGAGGACAAAGACGAGGGUGGGGAUGACGAGGAGGUAGAGGACCACGACGAGGAGGACCAGGACCAGCUCCAGUGGGUGACGAGGAUAAGCAUGGUGGGUGCGCCUUCCCGCCAGGACUACCAGAUGGAAGUCGACGAGGGCUUCGACCCCACAGAGACUGCCCUCGCUCUCGAGAGGAGCAUUCAGGACGCACGCCGCGUCGACGAGGAUUACGAGGCGGAGGACCUGUACGGCGCCACUCCCGAGCGUGAGAUGCGCGGCCUAGACGACGACAGGGGCAAAGGCAAGGAGGCCGCGCGGCGGUCUUUUGACGAAUUUGACGAGGACGGGGAGGCGCAGAGAGAGGGCGGCACAAGUAAGCGCCGCCGUAGCCGGAAGUAG